AUGUGUCGGCAGCCGCUGCCGAGCUCACAUCCCCAGCAAAAGUCCUUUCUUUCUUCAGCUUGUUUCUUGACAAUCGAGCACAUAUCACCGGCAGUCCAACAACAAACAGCAAAGAGGAACGCAACCAUGGCCAACGACAGCCGUAACUCGCGACUGCUAGGUCUUCCCGCCGAGCUGCGAAACAACAUCUACAGAUUGGCGUUGGUUGAAGGCGAAAUCAUCACACCAGCUCAGGGCUCAAUGCCGUCCGUGCCGCCACUCCUCAGCACCAACAGACAGAUCCAGGCAGAAGCUGCCUCAAUCUAUGUCCAGGAGAAUAUGUUCGCCUUUGACAUAGACAACCUGGACGGCAGCAAAGUUACCGAACUCUGUUCCGCAGCCCUCGUUCGACGUCACAGACGGGUGCGGACGGGAGUCGACCUAGAAGAGCCGCAUUCGAGCAGCUGGUCAAACCUCAAGAUCUGGCUGCGUGCCUUCUACGCCAAAAGGUCUCUAAGACUAGCGUUGACCGAUCGGGGCCCAGAUUUCAAGAGGUGUGCCGCUGCUGGGCAGCUCUUUGAUGUGGUGGGCAGAUUCAUGGACAUGAGCCCAAAGCCAAGCUGGAAUCAUGUCGUUGAGUCACAGCUCGAGAGCAUGAGACUCGCCUUGGCUGCUGUGGACACUUCCGGCGUAUGGAGCUGA